AUGGAUUCAGUGCCACUCACUGCUGAAGCUAUUGCUUUUACUGAGAAAAAGAUGGACAUGACUCUGGAGGAUAUUAUUAAGAUGUCAAAGAAAAAAGGUCCUGCAGGCAAGAAAGCCCCUAGACAGCAGGUAAAAAAGCGUCCUUUUCAGAAUGGUAAUAGUAAUCAAGGGAAGGCAAAGGUUCAGCGAUUUCAUGAGUCUAGAUCAUCUAUACGACAAGGUGUUCUGGCACAAAGGAGGUCAAAUCUUGAUGCAAAUCAGUUCCAAAUCACAAAGCAGGCUGCAAACAAGGCUGCUACUAUGCCUGUGCGCGGUAGGGCUGACAGAUGGAACAAACCAAGUGGCCCGUCUACCUCAGCACAGAGGAGGCCCGUAAGCGAGGCUCUUCAGAACAGCAAGGGUAAGGAGAUGCAGAAUGAGCCUCCAAGGACAAUGGAUGCGCUCUUUGCACAGAUGAAGCAGCAACGGAUGAGGGUCAUGCCACCGCAGCAACCAAAAGCUCCUACCAAUGGCCAUCAGUUUAACCAGCAGCGGCGUGGUCAGCAGCAGCGGCGAGGCAGAGGGGGAUAUGGUGUCCGCAGCGGUGGUGGUAACCGUUGA